CUAACCUAAUAAGAAUUACGAAAUUAUUUUAUUUUUUCUAUUGAUUCGGAUUCCGAUUGAAUAUCGCAGGAAAAAAACUCACAAAUCUUCCAAUGGCCUCGUUGUCAAGCAUAAAAACAAUUGGUGGAUUUAUGCUUAAAUCCAUUCAAGCACCUGGACCAAUUCUCCAGCAAGUGCGAACGAAAUACACCGAUUGGAAGAUGAUUCGUGAUGUAAAACGCCGCAAAUGUGUUGUCGAACAUGCCGUCGAUCGUCUUCGGGUAAAUGCCUUACGAAAAAAUGACAUUCUACCUGCAGAAAUUCGAGAAAUAGCCGAUGCGGAAAUUGCUGCCUUCCCCAGGGAUUCUUCAUUGGUUCGUUGUCGUGAACGUUGUGCAUUUACAUCACGUCCCCGCGGAGUUGUGCAUCGCUACCGAUUGAGCCGAAUUGUUUGGCGACACUUGGCUGAUUAUAAUAAAUUGUCCGGAGUACAACGUGCCAUGUGGUAGAAUUAUUAAAAUGUGAAAAAUAAAUUAAAAAAAAAAACUUAAAUAAUUUUAUCAAAACGUUUAUUGUUCAUA